AUGGCAAUUUCGGAAUCCAUAAACACAAAAAGUCAAGAAAAAUCGGAUGAUGAAAUCAAAGAGCUCCAACUCUCCCUCCCAAAACAAACAUGGCAUGCUUGGCCAAUGUACCUUUAUCAAGGUUUAUGGUGCUUAAGCUUUGUUUUUGAGGGUAUAAUCGCGUUUAAAACCCACUUUCGAGCUCAUGAUUCUGAUAUCAUCUUAGCGAGCCAUCCCAAAACCGGUACAACAUGGCUUAAAUCCCUCAUUUUUGCUAUUGUUAAUCGUAACAAAAUAUCAAACGAUUUUACUCAACACCAAUUUAGCUCCAAAAAUCCUCACGAACUCAUCCAACAAUUAGAGAUCAAAGUUUACCAAAAGGUUAAUGGAGAACAACCAAGCUUGUCCAAUUUAGCCUUACCUCGACUCUUUGGUACGCACAUCCCGUACUACUCAUUGCCUGAUUCAAUAAAGACUUCAAAAUGUCGAAUUGUUUAUGUUUGUCGAAAUCCUUUAGACACUUUUAUUUCACAUUGGCAUUUUAAUCAACAUUUUGAGGCAUGUAAGGGUGUUAAUAAACCCGAUUUUGAUAUGAUGGAGAAAUACGUAGAAAUGUUUUGCUCGGGUGUGUCUCCAUGGGGGCCAUAUGAAGAUCAUGUGUUAAGCUAUUGGAAGGAGAGCAAAAAAAAUCCGGAAAAUGUAUUGUUCAUGGAAUAUGAAGGGCUAAAGAAAGAUCCAAGAGAUCAUUUGAAAAGGUUGGCGGAGUUUGUAGGUUGCCCUUUUUCGGAGGAAGAAGUGAAAGGAAAUGUUAUAGAUGAGAUAAUAGAGCUUUGUAGCAUUAAAAGUUUGAAAGAAAUGGAGGUCAACAAGAGUGGAAAGAUUGAACCUAGCAUUGAGAAUAAGGCUUUCUUUAGGAAAGGAGAGGUUGGAGAUUGGGCUAAUUACUUGACUCCUAAGAUGGUAAAACAAUUUAAGGAAUUGCUAGAAAAACUUAAGGUGGCUGGUUUUUCUUUUGCAUACUAUCAAAUGAACUCAUAA